CAGGCCAGUAUAAAACAUUUCUGUGGCCCUGGCCGACCGUAGCUGUUUCCGAAUUUCUGUCCUCCUGGGAAAAAUCGCCCUGAGCCACAAGUAUGUCUAAAAGUGUAGCCAAGAUUACUUUCUAUGAUGACAAGAACUUCCAAGGUCACCACUAUGACUGUGACAGUGACUGUGCUGAUUUCCACACCUAUCUGAGUUGCUGUAACUCCAUCCGAGUGGCCGGUGGGGCCUGGGUAGUUUAUGAAAGGCCUAAUUUUGCUGGGAACAUGUACAUCUUAACUCAGGGCGAAUACCCUGAUUACCACCACUGGAAGGGGCUCAAUGACCGGCUUAGCUCCUGCAAGGUCAUCCAUCUGUCGAGCGGAGGUCAAUAUAAGCUUCAGAUCUUUGAGAGGGGAGACUUCGGCGGGCAGAUGUAUGAAACCACCGAGGACUGCCCUUCCGUCAUGGAACAGUUCCACAUCCGGGAGAUCCAGUCCUGUAAGGUCCUGGAUGGGGUCUGGGUCUUCUAUGAACAGCCCAACUAUCAUGGCCGGCAGUACUUCCUGGAGAAGAAGGAGUACCGGAAGCCUGUGGACUGGGGCAGCCCAUGCUCUGCCGUUCAGUCCUUCCGCCGCAUCAUGGAGUGAGGGAGGGUGCCCGGGGACUGGGAGCUGAGGCUGGAGCCACGGUCUGGUGGGCAAAACCCCAACUGUAAAUAAAGCAAUGAGAAGC